AAAAAAGAAAGAGUUAUAGAGCAGUUUAGAGUUCGAAAGUCAACAGCAUCAAAACAGUUACUAGGCUUGUCUCCACUUCCAGGAGACUUACGUAGAAAACGUGUAGUUGUGUACUUAAUUUUUUAGAGGCGUUGAAGUUUCAACUCUUGUGGAUGCAGCUUUCUUGAAAACCAACAAAAUUUACUAUCAAAAAGAAGAAUGCAGGCUCUCGCUCGUCGCUAUCCGUUCCCGACCGGUCGCUUAACCGGUAGCGACCAGUUGAUGGACACCGCAUUUCCCGGAACCGCUUGCGCACGGUUAAUCGCAGUCCUAGAUCGUGUCGACAAAAUACCACAAGCCAACCUUGAUGCCGACUGGGAUCUGAUUGUACGACCGACUCUCCUGGCCGCGGGUGGACUCAAGCACUUGUCAAAUGUGACCGGACACGGCUUUAACGAUGAUAACCAUUGCGAUUUGACAACGAUGCUUGGCAGCGUGCAGAGCGAGACGAACGCGGAUGGCGCAGUGGCUCAGAUCUCGAGACAAAACCAGCUGGGACCGCAUAUUCAACUUAUGAUCAAUCCACGAUGUGGAAUUAGAGUUAUACUUGGUACUUAUUAAAAGUCGAAAUAGUAAGCGUUUUAGUUUGUAGUUGCAAUAAUAUCAGACCCGCUGCAGAAGAUCACGUGAUGAGCGUUCAUGGGUGUGUCUUUUCUCGUUCAUAAAUAAUCAGAACCUCCACAAGACUGAUAAGAAUGAGCUGCCUGCUCUAAUCCCCUUGCUUCCCUCGCAAUCGUAUCGGAGGUGACCGGCGCCACAAACAAUGCCGAUCAAGAAGGCGGCAGUUGGACAACCUGUACCAACGGUGCGCACAUGACACCUCCUAGCGACGUCGCACAUGUGCAGUUCCGAUCAAGGAUUGCGUUUAAGCUUGUAUGGGCACCACCAACUUUCGAGACGUUUGCCUUAGUAGACGACAUUGGGCGGUUGCUGAAGACCGGCAGGCCAACAGGUCAACUGCCACAUCUGAGCAUGCGUGAGCGGAAUUACGCUUUAGUAAAAGGUGGCAUAUACGCAAGAGCAGUGGAUGAAAUGACCGCUGCUUAG